AUGCAGCUGGAGCUGGAGGCAAGCUCCUCUGAAGAGGUGACCCUUACAGACCACUACAUGGUCCUCAGGACCCUAGGCAAAGGUAGCUUUGCUGAGGUGAAGCUGGCCUGCCACCUCCACACAGGGGUCUGGGUUGCAGUCAAGGUCCUGGAAAGGGGUGAGAAGAAUGACUCCAUCAUCAUGACGGAGAUAGACAUCAUUAAGUCACUGGACCACCCGAACAUUAUCAAGCUGUUCCAUAUCAUUGAAACCAGAGAGCACACCUACAUGGUGAUGGAGCACGCUGCUGGGGGAGAUCUGGUGAGCCACAUUGAGAAGGUGGGCUGUCUACAGGAAGAAGAGACCCACCGCAUCUUCACGCAGAUGGUGUGUGCAGUUAACUACUGCCACGAGAACAGCAUUGCGCACCGGGACAUCAAACCAGACAACAUCCUCCUGGAUGGCAAAGGAAGUGUCAAACUGUGUGACUUUGGCUUGGCUAUCAAGGUCACCUCUGGGCAGAGGUUCAAGGGAUUCUGUGGGACCCUCGAGUAUUGUGCUCCAGAGAUUUUCACUGAUGUAGAAUAUGAUGCACAGGCAAAUGACAUCUGGAGCAUGGGAGUGGUUUUAUAUACAAUGGUGACAGGGCGCUUCCCGUUUGAAGCAAAGACGUAUUCACAGAUGAAGGAGAGGAUGCUGAACCCCCAGUACUCCAUUCCGUCCACGCUUUCACAAAACAUUGCAAACCUCAUCGUGCAGUUGUUCACUGUGGACCCGGAGCGGAGGCCCAAGAUCUGCGACAUUAGGCAGCACCAGUGGCUCAAGGAGAGUGAAGAACUUUCCAAACUCGCAUCUUCCUUAGAGACACGCCCCAGCAACCCAGCUCCCAGCAUCGUGGUGGCCAUGUGGGCCAUGGGUUACAAUGCCAAGGACAUUAGAGAUUCUUUACGUGAAAAAAAGUUCAAUAGUAUCAUGGCAACUUACCUAAUUUUAAAACACCAGUCGCCCUGGGGCGACAACACGAACCAUCAAAGGAAGCCUGUGCAACGCGCCGUUGCCAUGGCGGCUCUAAGUCCUCCCACCUUCCGUCUCCCCGUAAAGAGGACAGGAAGUAAGCCUGCUCUUCACGUUCUUACCUUGCCAGCCAUAUGCCACUUGUCUGAUAAUGCCAAGCUUGUAAGGAAGAAGGGCCGCAAAAGUCACAGCAUGCCUGCUGUCCUGUGCUGCCAGCCGAAGAGAACCCUUCCUCCCAAAACAGACCCACGCCACGCUCCGGGGGCUGCUCAGCUCAUGAACAGCAGCUUUUGGGAGACCAGCAUGACUUCCAAGGGUGUGACCUUAGGUAACACAUCCUCAGAGGAUAUUCCUUCUGAAAACUAUUUGUCCUACAGAGCACUCCAGAAUGUGGUCACCAUUGAGAAUAGCUCACUCACCCAGAAUAUGCCGUCUGAAAAGAACUCCAGGGAGGCACCCCGGGCUGUGACCACCAGUGGCACAGAUGAAAAUAAGAGGAGCUGGUCCCAUCAGGAAACAUCUUCCGGAGAACAAUUCUCAGGUGCCCAAGUGCAGGGCGUGACCACGGCCUCUUCCCACAGUCUACACCAAGGCUGGAAGAGGGUUAAGAGGAGAAUAGGGAAUUGUGUGCGGAGACUGUGCUGCUGCCUGCCAGCCCAGCAAACAAGCCAAGUUUCCCAGAAGAAAGUGACUCCAGUGGAGGGGGAGGCAACGGAGUUACACAAAACCAGGUACAUGGGGUGGUGA